GAGGGAGGAAGGGGGAGGUAGGGUUGUGAUUUCAGCAGCAGGCUGAAGCUCACCUCCACGAGCAAGCCAGAGAACACAGCCAGGCCUUGACUGUGGAAUAUCUCUCACACUAUCCGCUUGUUGUACAUGAAUGCCCCCCUCUGUAUGCCGGAACCAUGGUUGGACUCUCAUCCACGGUUGUGGAGGCCAUGGAGGUGUUGGUGAGUGAGCUGAAUGCACUCCUAAAGUUGCUGGACCAGGAGACUCUCAGCUCCUCCACCCAGGAGAAGAAGACUUCCGUAUGGAAUCUCCUGCAGAAGAUCCAACCAUCAGUUUCAGGAACAGACUACAUCUACAUGAACUCAGCAGUAUACAGGAAUGGGACCAGCUUUGUAGAGUCCCUCUUUGAGAAGUUUGACUGUGAGCUUGGAGACCUAAAGGACGUUACGGAUGAUUUGAAACAAGACAAAGACACACAAACUGAGGCUUCAAAACAGACCUGUGGAGACUCCUUAGCUGUACAUUCAGCAGACUCUCCUCCCCCUCUGCCCACAACACCUCCCCCAGAGGACUAUUAUGAGGAGGCAGUGCCACUCAGUCCGGGCAAGAUGCCCGAAUACAUCAUCACAAGAGUCCGGCCUAGCCCUCCUAACUCCAUAGAGGAUGGAUAUGAAGAUGCAGACAGCAACUACCCAACUACCCGCAUCAACUCCCACCGCAAAAACUCCUAUAACGAUUCAGACGCACUGAGCAGCUCCUAUGAAUCAUACGAGGAAGACGAGGAAGAGAGGAGUCCCGGUGUGCGACUCACACAUCAGUGGCCGUCUGAUGAGAGCUCGAUGCCCCCAACUAGAGAUUGCCGCAUCUGUGCUUUCCUACUACGCAAGAAACGCUUUGGCCAAUGGGCCAAACAGCUCACUGUCAUAAGAGAGAAUAGAUUACAGUGUUAUAAGAGCUCGAAGGACACAAGCCCCUACGUGGACCUUCUGCUGCCCCAGUGCACUGUGGUUUAUGCUCCGAAAGACAGCAAGCGGAAGCACCAUGAACUCCGGUUCACAUUACCCAAUGGAGAUGCGCUGGUUUUGGCUGUGCAGAGCAAGGAGCAAGCACACAGAUGGCUCCGGGUUGUUAGAGAGGUGAAGGGACAAUGCACAGGGGCAGAGGUAUCCACAUCCCCAGUCAUUUCCAGAAAAACUGAGCUUGAUAAGAGAUUGUCUGCUGAGAGGAACACUUCAGAUUCAGACAGUGUUGGCGUAUCAACAGGGGAGAACUGCAGAGAAAAUGGUAAGGUAAAGCGUGGGGCUUUUGCUGCAGGCCGAAAGAUCACACGCAUCAUUAGCUUCUCAAAGAAGAAGGCUUCCCGAACAGCCUACAACGACCCUCGACAAGGUUAUCUGUCAGUACUUGUCAACCAAGAGUGGCAAGAGCACUGGUGCUGUGUGUGCAGAGGCUUCCUGCACUUCUACCAUGACAGAGGCGACCAUCAGACCUCCCUGCCCUCCCUCCCACUGCAUGGCUGCGAGAUGGUGCCGGGGCUGGGACCUAAGCAUCCUAUUGCUUUCCGAAUCUUACGGGCCAGCACCACAGUGGCGGCUCUGGAGGCAGCAAACUCUGAGGAUCUUGGGAGAUGGCUUGGCGUUCUCUUGGCCGAAACCGGUUCCACAACAGACCCAGAGUCACUACAUUAUGACUACGUAGACGUGGAAACCAUCGCUAAUAUACGCAAUGCUGCGCGCCAUUCCUUCCUGUGGGCCACAUCCUCGUGUGGUAGCACAGACUCCAGAACAUAUGAUGAGGUCCCUAAUGAGGACAUGCAGUCUAUGGAGAGCUGCCGGCAACAGUGUGGGAAUCAAGGGAAGCGACGCUCCAGUUUCUCCAGCAGUGAUUCGGACAAAACCAAGCCGUUAAACUCCCUCAAAAGAACAGGGUCAAAUUCAAACCAGUACGGAAGGUAUGGGAAAACACGAGCAGAGGAGGACGCCAAGCGCCACCUGAAAGACAAGGAGGACUUAGAGAAAGAGAGGGACGGUAUCCGGAAUACGCUCUCAAUACUCCGACAGGAGAAGCGAGAACUCAAGGAACAGCUGCAAACAGCUCCUGAGAAGAGAGCUCUUCUCCUGAACAAGCGUGUCUCCCAGCUCGAGGAAGCUUGCCGAGCUAAGGAGGCAGAGAGAGUGGACCUGGAGCUCCGGCUGUCACAAGUCAAAGAAAACCUGAAGAAGAGCCUGGCGGGUGGAGCGCUGGGUACGCCGUUGGAGGUCGUCCCACCUGUUAAGGGGCCCAGAAAGAAGACCCUUAACAUCUACAGCGAGGCCUUACCUGUGAACUGUGCCUCGGAGAUGCGCAAGAGGCCUCCAUCUGUGUACGCUUCCUCUUCAGGAACUGUCAUGCAGAAGGCUAAGGAAUGGGAGUCAAAGAAAGGAACCUAAAGGCAGCAGCAUUGGGACUUGAUACAAAAAGGUUCCCACCAAAUAUUCACAAGCACAGACGGCCAACAAGUUAAUGUUGUAAUGAAAGAAAUCAGCCACUAGGUGGAGGUACAUCUUCAGGAAAA